AUUAAAAUGACGUGUCGUCUGUCGAAUGCUCGAAUCCAAAACAUACCAUGUGUACUUUUUAAAUUUCAAUUUUUACAUAAUUUACAAGAUCUUGUAUGAAAAGGGGCAGAGUACAUAACUAACUGCGAUUGUGAUGAAGUAAAGUUAUUUAUUUUAUUUAUAUCUUAUGUUUUUAAAACAACCAUAAUGCAAGGCAGUACCAAAUUUAUGGUUUGUGCAGCUGGUAUAUUUGUGUGUUACUUUUACUUUGGAAUUCUACAAGAAAAAAUUACCAGAGGAAAGUACAGUAAUGACGAAGUUAGUGAGAACGGUGCAAUACGAAAGGUGGACGAACGAUUCACUUGUGCGCUUGCUUUAGUUUUUGUUCAAUGCCUAGUUAAUUAUUUUUUUGCAAAAGGCAUGCUAUAUGUCAAACCUCACGGAGAAGACACAACACCAACAAUAUACUGUGCGAGUUCAGCAUUAACGUAUUUGUUGGCUAUGGUGUGCUCAUACAUGGCGCUUCAGUGGGUGGCUUUUCCUACUCAGGUUGUGGGAAAGGCAGGAAAACCCAUUCCUGUAAUGGUACUAGGUGUUCUAAUUGGAAGAAAAUCGUAUCCCCUUAAAAAGUAUGUGUUUGUUCUGAUGAUUGUAAUUGGAGUCAUAUUGUUUAUGUAUAAAGAUAAAGCUGGUAGUAAGAAAGUUGAUGGAUUUGGGUUGGGAGAGUUAUUAAUAUUGUUAUCUUUGACAAUGGACGGCCUUACAGGGGCUGUUCAGGAACGUAUAAAGGCCGAAGCUAAACCAACUGCACAACAAAUGAUGUCUGGAAUGAACAAAUUUGCUUGCAUAUUUGUUGUGGUUCCAAUUUUAUUAUCGGGCGAAUUGAUAAAGUUUAUUGAAUUUGUUACGCGGCAUCCAACCGUGUUAAGUAAUAUACUUCUGUUAGCGUUAGCUGGAGCUUUGGGGCAACUUUUCAUAUUUUUAACUGUAACCGAGUUUGGACCAUUACCUUGUUCGGUGAUAACCACUACUAGGAAGUUUUUCACUGUUUUAGGAUCUGUUCUUAUUUUUGGAAAUGUGUUAACUGUGCGGCAGUGGAUUGGUGCUAUUAUUGUAUUUACAGGGUUAUUCUUGGAUGUUUUCUUUUCUAAAGGAGCUCCGAAAAAAAAGUAACAAUAAAACAAUAAAUAUUUCCUUGUCACAAAAGAAUGAGCACUCAACAAAUAUUGAAGCAUGAGCAUGAGCAUUAUUGCGUAGCAAGGAGUGUGUUGGCAACUACAAGUAAAACUAGUAGGUUGACAACAAUCUUAUCACUGGUAAAAUUACAUUUUGGUAUUUCACAUUCACAAUAUUGUUGUGUAAAUAAGUACCUGAAGUACUGUGAGUGAAUCUAUUAUAUUAAAUGGACAAUAUUUA